AUGAAACAAGAUUAAUAUAUACAGCUUUUAAGAGAUUCAUAAGCAAUUAAAUUAAGGGAUGAAUUAACUUAAUUAUAAUCAAAAGCUCAUGAUUAUGUUAUAUAAUAAAUGAAACUUUUAGAAUCCAAAUAUAAAUAAUAAUUGUUAUUAAUAGUUGAAUAGCAUUAAGAAUGUAAGUUGAUUUGUGAAUAACUCAGAUUUAAAAAUGAGUAAUAUUCUAAACUCUUAUUAGAAUAAGAAUUUAAAUGUAUUUAGACAAAAAAUUAUGUAAGUCUUGAAAUUGUUAAUUAACUUUUAACCUAAAAGAUAAAUUCCCUAUUAUUACAACUUAAAAAUCAUAAUAUCAUUUCUGAAUCUGAAUAUUUCAAUUAAAAAAAUAUGCUUUAAAAAAAUAUUGCAGAAGUGUUUCUUAAUUCUGAUGAACAACAUCAAUCAGUAUUCACUAUACCAAAUAAUUAAAAUUCAAAGCCAUUCUAAAUAACUUAAUAAACAUUUAAAUAAGAAAUUCAAAGUUAAAUAAAUAAUUAUAAUUAAGUUCAAUUUAAUUAAUAUAAUUCUAUUGCUACAUAAACAGAACUAAUAAAAAAGAAAAAAGUAAAAUCUAUGAAAUAGUCAAAUUAGACAAAUGAAUUAAAGUAAAGUCUUCCUAUAGAUUUAUCCAAAGAAUUACUGGAAUGUAAGAAAUCUAUUUAAGAAUUAUAAUAAAGUAAGAUUGAUUUAUAAAUUACAAAUGAAAAGUUAAAAUCAUAAAAUCAAAAUCUCUUAACCAGAUUAAAUUAGAAAUUAAAUACUUAAAUCAAAUCUAAUGAUGUAAAUAAGAAAAAUACAUAUACACCACAUAUAAUCAAAAAGUUUCUAAAAUUUGAUGAUAUACUUUUUAAAAAUGUAAGACCAUUUUCGAUGGCUUAAAGUUUUGAUUUGAGAUAAGGAAAUUUAAGUAGUCGAUAAUUCUUUACAAGACCAAAUACUUCAGCUCCAAAUACUACUAGAAAUAGAUUCAAUUAAACUUAGCAACCAUCAUGUUUAGGUCAUCAUAUUAUAUAAUGA